AUGGCGAAGCAGGUGGUGGAGGCCUGCGUCAACGCGGGCACGUGCGCGGCGGGCGCGAGCCACUACGCCGCGCUGAUAUCCGCUCUGGCAUCCAUCUGGACUCAGGUGAGGCACCAGCUCGUCGCCACGAUGAACAACGACCUCAUCGGCGGUAGCGUCGCGCUCGCCGUGGCUUCCACGCUCGUCGGCGUCGCGUGGCGGCUGUGGCGAUGGAUCCGCGGCGUCGCCCACGACAGGAUGUUCGUCACGUACGAAAUACCGAGCGGCACCCCGCAGUACUUCGCCGCGCUGCGCUGGGUGUACGACCAACCCGCGGUCCGACGCGCGUCCCGACGACUCGUCGUGAAUCCCAUCGGAACCCCGCUCGCGGCGGCCGACGGCGCCGACUCCCACGCGCCGUCGUCCGCGCCCGACGACCCGGAGGAUCCCCUGGAGCUCGGCCUGCACACCGUCCCGAUGUUGCUCAGGGACCAGUCGCUGUGCACGCGCGUGGGCGGGGCGAUCGUGUGGGUGGGACACGGCGGCGGGACGACGGGGGGCGAAGGCGUCGCGGCGGGCGGGGUCGCCGACGGACCGGGCCUCGGCGCGAUGGGAGGCGGCGGCGCCAGGGGUUCGUGGUACCAGCAGCUGCUCUCCGGCACCCGCGGGCACGCGGGGCUCGCGCACGCUUCGGCGUUCGGCUGGGAGGGCGGUAUGAGCGGCGGUAUGAGCGGCGGUAUGAGCGGCGGUAUGAGCGGCGUCGCGGGAGCGUUGCGGCUCACAGUCAUGGGCCUCGACGGCGAGGAGACGGUACGACGGAUCCUCGCGUCGGGCCACCGCCUCGGCCGGGGUACCGCGCGGCGGUUCACGCGGGUGUACCUGCCGUCCGCGGUGGUUCGUUCGCACGGGCGCGGGGACGGUAAACACGCGUGGACGCGACCCGAGUGGGUCGACGCGGGGGCGAAACCCGCGAGGCCCAUCUCGUCGGUGAUACUCAAGGGCGACGACGCUAAGGACGUGCUGGCGGACGCGAGGGCGUUCCUGGGGUUGGAGCGGUGGUACGCGGAGCGGGGUAUCCCGUACCGACGGGGGUACCUCCUGCACGGCCCGCCUGGGAGCGGGAAGACGAGCCUGGUGUGCGCCGUGGCCGGCGAGCUUCGUCUGCCGAUUUACCAGCUGCGGCUCUCGGGCGCGGGGCUGGACGACGAGGCGUUCCAGCGGCUGCUCGCGGCGACGUCGAGGCGCGCGGUGGUGCUGCUGGAGGACGUGGACGCCGCGAGGGGCGCGGCGGUCGGGUCCAGGACCGGGGACGCGAUGAACCGCGUGAGCCCGGGAGGCGUCGAAUAUGGGGGAGGGGUCGACGGGGGAAGCGGACGACGGGGCAGCUUCGACGACCCCUCCGCCGGGGGUCUGACGCUACCCGGCCUGCUCAACGCCCUCGACGGCGUCGGCGCCGUGGACGGGCGGCUGCUCUUCAUGACGUGCCACCGCGCUUCAUCGCUGGAGCCCGCGCUGGUUCGACCGGGUCGGAUCGACGUGAGGGUCGGCUUCGGCCCGCCCGACAGGGCGCAAGCCGCCGCGCUCUUCCGACACUUUUACCGCGCGCCGACGCGACGGACGGGGACGCCGUCGAUCGGCGCGGAUGGGAAGAUGAAUCGUCACGGCGAGACGCGAGCGGACGACGACAGCGCGAGGUCAUCGCCCGAGAAGAAGAAGAAGAAGAAGAAGAAGAAGCGCCCCGUCGCGUUCGGCGGUGCGCCGCCGCCGACGGACCCGGACUCGUUGGAUCGACUCGCCGAGCGCUUCGCGGACGCGGCGGCGCGGUCGAUGUGGGAUCUGCACCCGGACGGCGACGACGUCGCGGCGUCCAUGGCGGCGCUGCAGGGACACCUGAUGAUGCACCGCGAGGAUCCCGAGGGCGCGGUCGAUAGCUUAUGA